CAUGCACCGUGAUGGUUUGAAUAAAGUCAUGGAUGUUGCUGUCAUGAGCUCGUCCGGCUCAGCUCCUCUUGAGGACUCAGCGGACAUGUCGGGGACAGGCAGUGUCCUGGCGUCUGUCUCUGACCGGUAUCAAACCAUCCCGCUGCCGGAGUCUCACGCACACUUUCCCGGACAGCCAUACUCCGUGUCCGUGCUGAAAGUGGGAUACUGUCUUCCUCAGCCCGACGGAACAUUCAGAGCCGACGGGACCAUCACCCUCAUAACAGGACCCAAGAUCAUUCUGGUGGACACGGGAGGACCAUGGGACCGGGACUUUCUCCUCGUGUCGCUGAAAGAGAGGGGUCUUGAACCGGGAGACAUUAACUUGGUUGUAGGGACUCACGGCCAUUCAGACCACAUUGGAAAUCUGGGACUUUUUCCAACAGCUCUAACGAUUGUAGGAUAUGACAUCAGCGAGGGGGACACGUACCGUCCCAACAGACUGGCAGAGGGACUUGCUUACACUGUUGAUGAACAUAUAUAUGUAGUUCCAAGUCCAGGCCACACAGGACAAGAUGUCAGCGUUCAGGUGAAGGGAACCUCAUCAGGCACUGUGCUUGUUGCAGGGGAUUUAUUUGAGUGCUGCUCAGACGGGGACAGCUGGCGGGAUCUGAGUCUGAACACUGCAGUACAGGAGGUCAGCCGUCAAAGGGCGUUACGCACUGCUGACGUCAUCAUACCGGGACAUGGACCCCCAUUCAGAGUCCUCAGGAACCAAUGAACCAACCCUAAGGACCUCAGUUUGGAAUUAUAUAAGAAAGUGACAUGAUUAACAUUAGGUGGAGUUAUACAACUGAAAUUGAACUGCUAGACAUAGGCACUCAGACCUGUGUGAACAAACAUGUUGACAGCUGUAAAUAACAGGUGUGCAUGCACCAAAGAUACUUUAAGGCAAAUUUGAGAUCCAAUCACAGGGACGUGUGUCGCCAGUCGCCACAUUCUUUUAUCUGUGUAAACCCUGACCAUCUACAGUUUUAUUAAGAGCCCAAAGCUUUUACACCUAAUUUUUUCCCAUACAUUAUUUUAUUUGUGCCCACCGACACAAU